AUGGGAAAAGUUAGGAAGUUAACAUUCAGCGACAUCGCCAAGGCCACCAAUGAUUUCAGCGAAGAAUACUGCAUCGGAAAAGGUGGGUUCGGGAGCAUUUAUAAGGCCGUAUUGGCCAACGGCCAAAUUGUUGCUGUCAAAAAGCUCAACGCACUAGAAUCCAGCAAUGUCCCAAUAGUCAACCGCCAAAGUUUCGAGAACGAAAUCCGCAUGUUGACCGAGGUUCGACACCGCAAUGUGAUCAAACUCCGCGGGUUCUGUUCCACAAGGGGUUGCAUGUACUUGGUCUAUGGGUUUGUUGAGAGAGGUAGUUUGGCAAAGGUCUUGUAUGGAGGAACGGGAGCAGCUGAACUGGACUGGGGUACAAGGGUGAACAUUGUUCAAGGCGUGGCUCAUGCGAUUGCCUACUUGCAUCACAACUGCUCACCGCCUAUCGUCCAUCGGGACAUAACGUUGAAAAACAUCUUGCUUGAGUCGGACCUCAAGCCUCGACUCUCGGAUUUUGGGAUAGCAAGACUCUUGAAUUCAGACUCAUCAAAUUGGACCACAAGGCCGGAUCUUAUGGCUACAUGGCUCCAGGCCUCAUCAUCACCGACCACAGAGGCGCAAGCUCUUGUCAAAUGGAAGAACUCUCUCUCUCCUCCUCCACCACCUUCUCUGAGCUCAUGGUCACUCACCAACAUCACCCAUCUCUGCAACUGGACUGGCAUCGCGUGCAACAAUGGCGGGUCAGUCUCGGAGAUCAGCCUCCCAAGGUCACGCCUCGGCGGCAUGCUCGACGCGCUUGACUUCGCUUUGUUCCCGAACUUGAGCUGCUUCAAUGUCAGCGAGAACAAUCUUGAGGGCCCGAUACCGUCCUCAAUCGGCAAUCUAUUCCAGCUCAGGUUCUUGGGGCUGGCGGGCAAUUUCUUCGAAGGGGCAAUUCCUCGCUCCAUUGGACAAUUGAGAAUGCUUGAAAAGCUUGAUUUGAGAGUAAACAAGUUGACCUCUUCGAUCCCUUCGGAGCUCGGGCUCUGUUCUAACCUCACCUACUUGGCCAUUGCCAAGAAUUGGAUCUAUGGAGAGCUGCAUCUCUCACUGUCUAAUCUGGUCAGAUUAUCAAGAUUUGGAGCUUCGCAUAAUCGCCUGUCAGGGGAGUUACUGCCUGACUUCUUCACGAAUUGGACCGAACUGGUUUCUCUGCAGCUCCAAAACAAUUUUCUUUCCGGGAAAAUUCCGACUGACAUCCGAAGCUUGACCAAGCUCGAUUACCUCUCCAUGUACAACAAUUCGCUCUCAGGGACUAUUCCUCCAGAGGUUGGAAAUCUCACAUUGUUGACCCAUUUCGACCUUAGCAGGAACCAGCUUUAUGGAGAGGUCCCCGGGACCAUCUCUCGCCUUGCUAACUUACGGUGGAUCUCUUUGUACACGAACAAUUUCUCGGGAGGAAUACCACGUGAUUUCGGCAAGUAUAGCCCUUCUCUGAGCGAUGUUGAAUUUUCGGACAACAGCUUCACCGGAGAACUGCCGCCAGAUUUAUGCAGCGGCUUUGCUCUUCAAUUUUUCGAGGUUGAUGGGAAUAACUUCACGGGGCCGCUGCCCGACUGCUUGAAGAAUUGUUCGGCGCUGACGAGAGUCCGUCUAGACAGCAAUCAGUUCACUGCAGAUAUCACGAGUGCGUUUGGAGUCCAUCCGAAUCUGGUCUAUGUAAGCCUUAGCAACAACCAAUUUGUCGGGAAUCUCUCGGCACGAUGGGGAGACUGUAUGAAUCUCACAAAUUUGCAGAUAGAUGGUAACAAAAUCUCUGGCCGCAUCCCACCAGAGCUUGGGAAAUUGUCUCAGUUGCGCGUCCUGGCAUUAUCCAGCAAUGAAUUGACUGGGAGAAUUCCCGACGAGAUGGGAGAUCUAGGGGAGUUGUUCAUGCUGAACUUGAGCAACAACCAUUUGACUGGAUAUAUUCCUUUCUCGUUAGGAAAGUUAUCGAAGCUCAGUUAUCUUGAUCUGUCGGCAAACAUGUUGAGUGGUGGCAUACCUGACGAGCUAGCGAAUUUCGAGAAUUUACUGAGCUUGAACUUAAGCAACAACAAUUUGUCCGGUAACAUACCAUCCGAGGUCGGGAAGUUGUCCAUGCUACAGUUACUCCUAGACUUGAGCCAGAAUUCCCUAGCAGGAUCAAUUCCCUCCAAUUUGGCAAAGCUUACUAAACUAGAAAAUCUCAAUCUUUCGCAUAAUAAUUUGUCGGGUAUGAUCCCGGCUUCUCUCUCCAACAUGGUGAGUAUACGCUCUAUAGACUUAUCGUACAACAAGCUAAUGGGUGCAGUUCCUAGUGGUUGGAUCUUCCAACAAGCGCCCAAAAGUGCUUUUAUAGGGAAUUCGGGCUUGUGUCGAAGCAUGGUUGGAUUAUCUCCUUGGGGCACGAGCUGUAAAUCGACCCACCAUAGAAAAAAAGUUCUUGUUGGUGUGAGCGUUGGCGUGAGCUGCUUACUACUUCUAGCGAUUCUAAUUGCUGUGAUUUUGCUAGUGCUUCGGCGGCAAAAAAAGCUUCUCCACGAAGAGAUCAAGCAUCUUAAAAAGCACGAGAAAUCGGAGCAGAUCAUAUGGGAAAGGUUAGGGAAGUUCACAUUCAGUGACAUCGCCAAGGCCACCAAUGAUUUUAGCGAAGAGUAUUGCAUUGGAAAAGGCGGGUUCCGGAGCAUUUACAAGGCCGUAUUGCCCAACAGCCAAAUUGUCGCCGUCAAGAAGCUCAACGCACCAGAAUCCGGCAACAUCCCAGCGAUCAAACGCCAGAGUUUCGACAACGAAAUCCACGUGUUGACCCAUGUCCGGCACCGCAACGUGAUCAAGCUCCACGUGUUCUGUUCCAUGAGAGGUUGCAUUUACUUGGUCUAUGAGUUUGUUGAGAGAGGUAGUUUGGCAAAGGUCUUGUAUGGAGGAACAGGAGCAGCUGAACUGGACUGGGGUACAAGGGUGAAGAUUGUUCAAGGCGUGGCUCAUGCGAUCGGCUACUUGCAUCACAAUUGCUCACCGCCUAUCGUCCAUCGGGACAUAACGUUGAACAACAUCUUGCUUGAGUCAGACCUCAAGCCUUGGCUCUCCGAUUUUGGGAUAGCGAGACUCUUGAAUUCAGGGUUGUCCAAUUGGACCACAAUGGCUGGAUCUUAUGGCUACAUGGCUCCUGAGUUAGCAACUACGAUGCGGGUAACGAACAAAUGCGACGUGUAUAGCUUCGGAGUAGUGGCGCUAGAGAUUAUGAUGGGGAAGCAUCCGGAUCUUCUCUCUUCUCUAUCAAUGAUGAAAACAUCAACAAUCUCGGAGGACCCAAAUUUGCUGCUUAAGGAUGUGCUCGAUCCGCGUCUUCCUCUUCCGACUGGCCAACUAGCCAAGAAAGUGGUAUUCAUCGUCAUGGCGGCACUGGCGUGCACGCGCACGAGACCUGAUUCACGACCCAACAUGCAUUUUGUCGCGCAAGAAUUAUUCGUACGCACUCAAACUUACUUGUUUGAGCCGUUAGGCUCCAUAACUAUCAGCAAAGCUAUCGAGUCUUCAGGAUUAAAGAUUUAA